AUGGGAGAGACUAACAAUGUCACAGAGUUUAUCCUGCUGGGUCUCACUCAGGAUCCUGCUGGGCAAAAAGUAUUGUUUGUCAUGUUUUUACUCAUCUACAUUGUGACAAUAGGGGGCAACCUGCUCAUUGUGGGGACAGUGAUUGCCAGCCCCUCCUUGGGCUCCCCAAUGUACUUCUUCCUUGCCUUUCUCUCACUUAUGGAUGCUGUUUAUUCCACUGCCAUCUUGCCCAAGUUGCUCACAGAUUUACUUUGUGAUAAGAAGACCAUCUCCAUCACAGCUUGUCUGGUUCAGCUUUUUGUGGAGCAUUUAUUCGGUGGUGCUGAAGUCUUCAUUUUGGUGGUGAUGGCCUAUGAUCGCUAUGUGGCCAUCUGUAAGCCACUACACUAUUUGACCAUAAUGAAUCGACAGGUUUGCAUUCUCUUGUUGGUGGUGUCCUGGGCUGGAGGAUUUGCUCAUGCUCUGCUUCAAGUUAUCUCUGUGUAUUUACUUCCUUUUUGUGGACCCAAUGUCAUUGACCAUUUUGCUUGUGACAUGUACCCACUGCUAGGACUCGCAUGCACUGACACCUACUUCCUCGGACUCACUGUAGUUGGCAAUAAUGGAGCAAUGUCUAUAGUGGUCUUUAUCCUCCUCCUGAGACCUGUCUCCAACUUUCCUAUUGAUAAAUAUAUUACUGUCUUUUAUACAAUUUUUACUCCAAUGUUGAACCCUUUAAUAUAUACUUUAAGAAACAUGGAGAUUAAAAAUUGUAUGACAAAGCUGUGGGGUAAAAUGUUCACUAAAGACAUAAAAAGAAUUUCUUCUCACUGA